UCGCUACCUCGGAGGUCUUCGGCCAGUGCCGCUGUUCCCACGGAAGCUGGGGCCGGGAACUUCGAGGGCCGUGGCUGAUUCGGCUGUAUUCACCGCACUGGGGAAGGCUCUGGAGUGUUAUUUUGGGAGCAGUCCCAGUCGGUGUGUUUAUGAGAUUAGACCCGGCUACACCCUCUUGGGAAUGGGAGGGUGGCCGGGUCCUAGUGCUCGCUAGAUCUCCGGGGCCAGGGGCUGAGGGGCGGGCGGAGGCGGCGGCUCAAGCUAAGAGCGACUUCGCUGCGCGAAGCCGUCCGCGGGGCGCUGAUGGCCGGGCGCAUCCUGGGAAAGACUUUAGCCACCGUGUCUCUCUCUGUGGCCUUGGCCUAUGUGACUGUCAAGUCCUCGGGCUUUCGCAGCAUCCCGGAGUGCAGAAACUCAUUUUCAUCUUGUGGAUUUCAUCUCAAUUCCAACAUCAUGUCUGCUUCUAAUGGUGCCAAAGGGAAUUCCCACAACAAGGCUAGGACAUCGCCUUACCCAGGUUCAAAAGUUCAACGCAGCCAGGUUCCUAAUGAGAAAGUAGGCUGGCUUGUUGAGUGGCAAGACUAUAAUCCUGUGGAAUACACUGCACUCUCUGUCUUGGCUGGACCUAGGUGGGCAGAUCCUCAGAUCAGUGAAAGCACCUUUUCUCCCAAGUUUAAUGAAAAAGAUGGGCAUGUUGAGAGAAAGAGCCAGAAUGGCCUGUAUGAGAUUGAAAAUGGAAGACCUAGAAAUCCUGCAGGACGGACAGGAUUAGUUGGCCGAGGGCUUUUGGGGCGAUGGGGCCCAAAUCAUGCUGCAGAUCCCAUCAUAACUAGGUGGAAAAGGGAUAAAAGUGGAAAUAAAAUCACCCACCCCAUUUCUGGGAAAAACAUCUUACAGUUUGUUGCAAUCAAAAGGAAAGACUGUGGAGAAUGGGCAAUCCCAGGGGGGAUGGUGGAUCCCGGGGAGAAGAUCAGUGCUACAUUGAAAAGAGAAUUUGGUGAGGAAGCUCUCAACUCCUUACAGAAAUCCAGUGCUGAAAAGAGAAAAUUAGAGGAACAGUUACACAAACUCUUCAGUCAGGAACAUCUAGUGAUAUAUAAGGGAUAUGUUGAUGAUCCUCGAAACACUGAUAAUGCAUGGAUGGAGACAGAAGCCGUGAACUACCAUGAUGAAACUGGUGAGAUCAUGGAUAACCUCACCCUCGAAGCUGGAGAUGACGCUGGAAAAGUGAAGUGGGUGGACAUCAGUGAUAAACUGAAGCUCUAUGCAAGUCACUCUCAGUUCAUCAAACUAGUUGCAGAGAAGCGAGAUGCACACUGGAGUGAGGACUCUGAAACUGACUGCCAUGGGUUAUAGCUCACAGCCUCCAUGUAAGCCGAAGUUCAAUGAAGGAGCACACACUGAGAAGAAGGCACUAUCAACAGAACUGAUAUUGGCAAGGGGGCAGAGUUGAUGACUUAGAAAUAAUUUUAUUCACUUUUCAAACAAUUUUCAUUUAGGAAGUUUUACAUCAGAAUAAAAUUAGGUAGAUAUGGUGAAAUCCAACACGGUAUUUUUGGCUUUCUAGUCAAAAGAAAUAUAAACGUAUUUUGUAUGUAUUCUAUUUUAAGCAUGCCUUUAAACCAAAUUUAAACAACUUUGAUGCUCUUUGUUUUUUUGGUGGGGGGAUUUAAGUUUGAUUUCUUGAAAAUCACUGAAAUAUAUGUAGUCAGGAGAUGCUGUGUUACACAUAGGUGGUAUCAAUUCUGGUAGUUCUUUGUUCCUUGUUCAGUGCUAGUUCUCAGCAUGAAACUUACUGUGAUGCCAUGAUAGCAAAGGGACAUGUUAGGUAUACUGACUUAUUUUUCAAAACCAAAUUAACCCAUUAGCUUCUAUUGAAAGUUUGAAAUUUUUUUCAGACUUUAAGUCAUUUUUUUGAGUCAUUGCUCAAAUAUAAAAAAAAAUAAUAACAACUACAAUGGAAAAACAGGCCACGCCAUUGGUACUCCAGGCCUUCCCUCACACAUGAACAAGGGGCUGUGAAGGUAGAACAUCAGGUGGCCCAGGUCCCAGGGGUUCCCUGGCACUGAAUGAUGUGUACCUUCUGUCUAUAUGCAUGUUCGCACUCCACCUUAAAUGUGGUUAUCCUACACUGCCUCAGGUAGGGUGGGACUUCAUAUUCUUUUGAAAAUAAGUUUCUGAUCAGCCAUAACUUCUGCUUUCCAUCUGGUCCUUGUCUGUCAGUUCUUUUUGUUGUUGUUCCCCUUGCUUUUCUGUGGUCUAAAGGAUGUUUCUGCCAUAUCAAGCUUCAUUAGGAGAAGCACCACCAUUGUGUAAUCUGAGUUAUGGUUUAAUUAUUCGCUUAACAUUUUGUUUUGUAUGAUCUUGUUGAAAGUGAUUUCAAAAAUGGGAACUUUAUGUUUUCUUGUCUUUAGAGGCUUCAGUUAUGAGGAAAUUUCAGCCCCCUUAGUCAAUAAAGAUCAAUGAAUAAGAGCUUAUGUUCUCAUUUUCAAAAAUUCUGAAGUAAAAACAUGUCCAGAAAAUUGGUGAUUUAUGUUUAUAUAUUUAUUUUACUCUAUUGAUUGUAACUGUAUAUAUUAUAAGUGAAUUAAAAUAGAUGUUUAAAAAGGAAUUAGAAUUAGACAGAGACAGAGGGAGGUCUUGGGGGGUUAGUGUUUUUGUUAGGGCAUAUUAAAAAUUGAAAUGGGCUUUUGAGGUACUCACUGUUAAUAUUAUAAUUCCCAGAGCAAAGGAAUGCUCUUGGUAGCAGGGAGAAGCAAGGAAAAUACAACCGCUUUUUCUCAGUGGACAUGUGUCUCAUAUCCUGACCAAGAUACCCAUUGGGAAAGCACCCUGAUAUCAACUCCUGCUAACGUGAAGUGGGGUCUGUCUUAGUUCCAUCUUCAUUCCAGUUGGACAACAGAUGAUGCAUUUGAAGAAAAGGAGGUUUAGAGAAUAUAGACAUGGUUGUGGUUUUUCUUUGGACAUUUGAAAAUGGCAUUAAGCUUACUGUGUAGCUAGAGGACAGAACUAGGGACAAGGUAAAUCAAAAGGUUUUUUUUUUUUCUUUUUUUCCAGUUUAGUGUCAAAACUACUCCUUUGGUGGUAAAGCUGAUCUGAACUGACAGGGAGCUUUUUUUGUCCUUAGUGUGACUGUCAGUUUUGCUGAGAAGUGGUAGGAUGUUUCCCUUGAACUCCUCUGGAAGAAUUACAAGGUUUAUAUGUGACAUUAAUUUUCUAAAAUCUGUAAAUUCCUGGUCUUUGGUAUGUAAUAAGGGACUUGUGCCUGGGAAGGAUGAUAUGUGCCUUACAUGGGGGGUAGGAUGACCUUUUCCCUGCACGAAAGUCUAAUUCUACUUUUACUGUUUUGCGGGAAGAAAUUGCUUCUUUUUGGCACUGAAUAGAAUACUUUAAAAUUGAAGCACCUUAGAAAAGCUCUUGAGAAAGUUUGAGCCAAUGUCCUUAGGAAUGACAUUUACUUUUUACAAUAGCUUUUCUACAUUUAAACCGAUAUUAGUAAAGAUAUUAGGUUAUAUUUAAAUUUUAUUUAAAGAAUUACUAAAGCACAGGGUCUAUGGCUAACAAAUUCUUUGUGGUACUUUGGAGUUUUCACUGGAACAUUUAAAUAGUGUGCAAAAUGAUAAAGCUGCUGCUACAAAUUUAUGGAUAGAUAAUCUGAUAACCAUAAGUAUCCAGCACCAUCUAGAAUAGAGAAAAAAAACAUUAAAAUUUCAGUUUAAGACAUUUCAGUAGGCGAUAUUGCUUAUGUAUUUGCUUUUCUUAGAUAUAUAAAGACUUUGUUUUUUAGAGAUAUUUAGUAAAAUAAAUAGUAAUAAUCGUUACCAUUUGUUGAGUCUACAUUAUAUCACUUAGUCCUCACAACCCUGUGAAGUCAGGCAGUGGUAUUCCCACCUCAAAGGUGAAAAUGGCAUUUAGAAACAGUGCGCCAAGGCAUACUCAGGUAGGGACAGAGCUAGGGUUUGAGUCCUGGGCUGCCUGGUUCCAAAACUUACUCUCUGUCUGCUGUAUUCCCUACUAAGGUUGUGAAGCUGUCAGGAUUUGUUACUUUAAGUAUGCAGUUUGGAAGAUUAUAUAUUACUUAAUAGUAACGUUACUCAUAGUAAUACAUUUGUGGUUUGUGGCUUGAAAUUAAAGGCCAAAUUUGAUUUGAGUAGUAUUGUUGAAAUGGUUUGCAUAAUUUGGCCCAAAGACAAUUGAUUUGAUAAUAUCUUAACCUAAGGAUAAAUAAUCAGUGUUUGUCUUGGUACUCUUGAGAUGUGAAAGAGUUUCAAAUUCAAAUAGAACCAUAUGCUAAACCUGCAUAAGAGCAUAACUAUCUAAAAAUCUAAAUAUCCAGUAGCUAAAGAGGGCGCUUGAAAAUUCUAACCAGUUUUAGAGGCUGAAUGUUACUCUGUCUUACCGUAUAAGGACUUAAUGUGAUUAGUAUUUUCUAAAAUAUUUGUGAAGUUUUAAUAAAACUGGUUUUAAAAUACAUCCUUUGAAGAAAGCAUUUGUAUUAAUUUGGUUUUGUUCAUACCUGUGUCUGUCAUAUUGUUAAUUUAUCAACAUGUACACAAUCUGAAACUAUUAAACAAGAUAAAAAUAUUUAAAAUGUAUAUUAAUGCUUGGAAUCAGAUUUUACUAACCUUGUAUAACUUCUGAUACAGCGCUGAGAGAAUUAUUUCUGCCGAAAUAAAUGAUACAGAUUAUAGUUAUUAUAUGAAGGUAUUUUUCCAUAAUUUCUUCUCUUCCUCCACCCAUACCUCCAAUAUUAGGGUUAUUUUAUUGCUGAUGGAUUAGUAUUGGUGUAAUCAUGUAUAUUAGGAGGUGGAGAAUAAUGUGGUUCUGUUAUACCUAAAUGCUGAUAAAUUGAAUCCUCAACUGUCUUUUCUGCAACAUAGAGCUUUAAUUCCUCCCACUUGACCCUUAAUGGUCUAAUGAGAACAUUUGAAGUGGUAGGAAGCACUAAAUAAUCACUUGAGGGCAAUGAAACUUGUCAGGAGGAAAACUUGGGUGAAAUCCAGUUCCUUUUUCAAUAUUGGAAUUAAGAGGAUUUGGUUUGUUGGCUUCUCUCUAAGUAGAUUAGAAUAAAUACAUGCUCUCUAUAAUUUUAAUUGACAUUAAUUAGAUAUUUAAAAAAGGGAUAUACCUUUCCUAUAUUUUAAAUGAAAGCAAACUUGGGUGGAAAUCAAUAUGGAAGUCUCAAAGUCUGUAGCUUUCCAUCAUGUGAGCUGAUGUUUUGUGUUGAGAUACGUUGCCUUGAGAUCAGGCCAUUUCUAGCUUUGGUAGUUUCAUGGCAGGCUUUGCUUACUGCUCUGUGAAUUGUCCAUAAGACAACAAUAAGUUUGAGGUGAUAUUUACUGUUUGAAAUUCUUAACCUAAUAUUGCAUAUGUUUCUGUAAACUAAAAUUUUGUUAAAUACCAUGAGCAUUUAUGAAAAUACCUCUUUAGACUUGCAGAAAUUCUGAUCUAAAGCUCUUGGAGGAAAUUGAGCUUAUAAUUCAUAAGCUCUAGAUUGGGUAGAUCAGUUAAGUUCAAUUCUGCCAUAUAUUUUUAUUGUUCCCAAGAAUUAUUCUUCUUACCUUCUCUGAGAUUAAAUGCCACUUUUAUCAAUAUAAUCAUAGAAACGAAAUCUUACCCCAAGGAGGCCCUAAAAAUAAAAAAAUUAAUUAUAACAUUACCUUAAGUUUAUUAAUAGAUUUAUAGUUUAUAAUAGCUUAAAAAUUAAUGUGGACUCACCAGGAGUUGGUUCAAAAUAGAAGUGAUUAACUAGGAGAAGAAAAGUCAACAAUCAGUGCUGUCAAUGGAUUUAUUUUUUAACUUAGUUAUGUAAGUUAAAAUAUUUUCUAUAUAAAAAUCUUUGUUGUUAAUGUCAGAUUAAUUACAUAUUACCACUUAGUUUUUUAUUUGCAUGAUAUAAGAUUUUUAUUUAUUUAUUUUAAAGAUUUUAUUUAUUUAUUUUUAGGCAGGGGAAGGGAGGGAGGAAGAGAGGGAGAGAAACAUCAAUCAGCUGCUUUUCACAGGUCCCCACCCAGGGACCUGGUCCACAACCCAGGUGUGUGCACUGACUGGGAAUUGAACCAGCGACCCUUUGGUUCUUAGGCCUGGUGCUCAGUCCAUUGAGCCACACUAGCCAGGGUGCAUGAUGUAAGAUUUUUAAAUGAAUAUACAAUAUAUAGAUUGAAAUUCUCUUAAUUCUGUCAUUUAUAAUUAAAAAAUGGGGAAAUUGGUAAAAAAGUCACCUGUAAUACCAGAGACAGUUUAAUAUUUCGGUUAACAGAAGGCUAUUUAGUGACUUCCACAUUUCAUUUAAUACGGUUGGUGUUAAAUGAUAAUAAAGAAAAAACCAGCAAACAAAAGUUAAGUAUUUUCCAUCCAGUCUCACUGGAAAAGCAUUGCUUUGUACUUUCCAUAUGGUCCUUCUUUAAAAGACUGGUAGUUUACUCAAGAAAUUGACCUUUCUACCUAGAAAACAGAUCUUUCUAUUUGUAGAGCUGUCGGGUUAAACACUGUCCUGAUUCUUUCUUGAUCUGAGAUGAUGUUCUCUUAGGAUGCCUUUUCCAGAUCCCUGACUUAAUUCGGAUCACUGGGAGGAAAAAAACUUAUAAUCAUGAAGUUACAGCAGUUCUAUAAAUUAUUCUGUCAGGAUUCUUUCUAGGAUGGGCUGUGGCCAGCAGCACUUUUAAAAAGUUCAGAAAAAAUAAAAUAUAAAUAGGUAUUAAGUGUUCGGAUCUGGGUAAUUUGAAUAAGUCAUGUGUAUGAGGAGUCAGGAUUUUCACUGGAAGGGAACUUGGUGCUAAAUACAUAUUUUACCCAAGGUCACCCAGAUAAUUUAACUGUAACGACGAGAUUAGAAUUUGGGCUUUUCAACCACAGGCUAGUGCUCUUUUAGCCUCAUUUUGAUGUGAGGAUGAGCUUGUUAAUUUUGUAGUUACCAAUCAUCAUUGGAGGUAGUAGUUGCCUAAAACAUUUCUAGUUAGAAAUAUGGAGAACUUUUCCUUUUCCUUUUGGAGUUGGACUAUAAUGCUGAUUAAAUAGAACAGAUCAUAGGAAGAGGACAUAGCUGUUUGAACUUGAAAGACUUGGGUUCUUAGGCUUGGAAGCCACUUGUUUGAUCUUAAAGUUUCUGGGAUGCUUCAGUAUUCUUCAAGAUGGUUGACUUUAAAUAGUCAGUUAAAGAAUCUUGAAAAUUUUAUCUUAGUCAGAGAUGGACCAAAUCUUUUAGUUGGACCAAAUGAUUUAGGUCCAACUUUCUGACAUGUUUAUGAAAUACUGCAUGUCCCUAAGAUACCAUAAUUGUGUAAAGUGUACCAUUUAGUUAAUGAUAGUAGUUUAAAGAAAAAGGAGAUCUAGAUUAAAUGUAUAUAUCUGUUGUGAGAUGUAUCUUGAUUUUAGAAAAUGUUUAAGUGUGAAAAGUAUUUUUUAGACUGGGAAAUAGAAUUUUUUAAUGUUACCUUUUAUAAUUCCAUUGAAGUAUUUCUCUUGUGUUUUUGUAAAUUGAGACUCAAUAACUUACUGUAUCAAUAAAAGGCCUCCUC